AUGAUCUUGCCAGCUAUAAUUCAGAUGAGAUUAAGUAAUGAGUUAAAGGUUCUGGAAGCUAUACAAAAGGAAGGGCAUAAUGGUGUAGAGGAAGGGAACAAUUUUUUUGUGGAAGAGCAAGGGCCGUUAUUCAGCGCUGUAUAG